GGUCGCCAUCGUCCGAGGUGAAGCCCUACACAUGCUGGAAGGGAGCGGUGUACUUGAACUGCGCUGCCUUGCUUGUUCCUCUCGGUCUACAUUUUUUCCUUCACUCUCUCACAUGGGCGCAAUAAAACACAGACGCCCACCUAUCUCGCACUACCACUCCGCUCUCUCACUUUUAUCCACACAACAGUCAAAAUGGCGGCAGCCUCGUCCAUCCCGCCGCCGACAGUCCACUCUUCUUCAGUUCGAGAAAAUUUACUUUGUUCGGAGAUGGACGGCCAAGAGACCCGACAGGAGCAGGAUGCAGCCGGGUCAUCCGACCCCCCGGGAGUCACGCUCCGCGACCUGCCGGAUCUGGAGCCGGAGGAGAUCGGGAAGAGGCUGGCCAAAACUCGCCAGGAGCUGAGCAACAGGAGGAAGAUCCUGAUCAAAAACCUACCGCAAGACACCACAAACCAGGAAGUCCAUGAAUUUCUGAAGGAGUAUGAACUGAAGUACUGCUUUGUGGACCGCAACAAGGGCACCGCCUUUGUGACUUUGCUGAAUGGCACCCAGGCUCAGGAUGCCAUCCGCUCCCUCCACCACAGCACGGUGCGCGGCCGCUGCAUCAGCGUGGCGCUGCAGCCCACUGACUCGCUGCUCUGCCUAGCCAACCUGCCGCACACCUUCACCGGCCAGCAGUUCGAGGAGCUGGUGCGCGCCUACGGCAACAUCGAGCGCUGCUUCCUGGUGUACAGCGAGCUGACGGGGCACUCCAAGGGCUACGGCUUCGUGGAGUACAUGAAGAAGGACUCGGCGUCCCGCGCGCGCUCAGAGCUGCUGGGCCGGCCGCAGGGCGACCGGUCUCUGAUGGUGCAGUGGAUGGACGUGAACCAGCUGAUCCAGGAACAGCAGCUCCACUCCCGGUGUCUGUGUGUGGACAAGCUCCCACUGGACCUGUGUGACUCUGAGGAACUGACCCAGCUCUUCUCCGACACCUACAAACCUGUCUUCUGCCAGCUGGCCCAGGACGAGAGCAGCCCGGUGCGGGGCUUCGGGGUGGUGGAGUACGAGAGUGCGGAGCAGGCGGAGGCUGUGCUGCUGGAGAUGGACCGCACAAUGCUGGGCGGCCAGGAGAUCCGCCUCUCACUCUGCACCCCCGGCGCGUCGGGACGCAGCACCCUGGCCGCGCUCAUCGCUGCCCAGGGAGGGCAGAUGCUGGGUAAUAAGAAAGGUCUGCUUCCGGAGCCAAACCUGGCCCAGCUGUUGACAAGCAUCACAAACCCUACGGCCCUGCAUGUCCUCCUCAGACCCUACCACACCGGGAAAAGAGGAGGAAAGUACGGCCGCCACCACAGCCUUCCCUUCCUGCGCCCCCCCAUCACCUCGGCACUGCUCACCCUUGGGAAAGCUCACCAGAGCGCUAUGCUGGGAAACGGACUAGUGCUCCAGAACCUUCUACACAUGCAGCUGGCCCAGCAACAGCUCAUGCACAUCAAAGAGAAGCGGAUCACCAAUGUGGCCAGUCUCCUAGGGGACCCCUCGCGGCUGCUGCUCCACAAGGCCAUGUCUCUGAGGACCCUUCCCCAGGGGCCCAUGGCCCUAGGAAAGGGCCUGCUGGGGGACUCGCCCACGGAGUUUGUUCAGGAGUCCACACCUGUGCCUACACACAAUGGUGCAGCGGUGGUGUCCGAAGCCUCCAUGAUGCCCCACAAGCCUGGCCGCGCCCCCGCCGGCGUGGAGCACAAUGGCUUCCACUCUUCGUCUGCUGCCUACUCCUCCUCCUCCGCCUCCUCUGUCAUCACCUUCUCGGCUUCCAAUAGGCAGCCGGCUCCCCCGGGAGUCGUGUUGAGUGUCCAUCCCCAUGGGCAGGGCUACUCCCUGGGCAGCAACUGUGGCCUUGCCCCCCCUCCACCGCCCAAAGACCCUGCGGGCCUGCAGGUGUUGCAGCACCACAGCUGUGAUGGUUACCCCCUGCCAGGCACGGCCAGUGGGCAGGGUUCUCUGCUGGGUGAACCACCUAAAGAGGUGAAGCUUCCCUCUAACCCCUAUCUCAACCUGGCCAGCGUGAUGCCAGGCAUGGUGCUGCAAGGGCCGGUUGGGAGUAAAGCCCAGGCAGGGCAGCCCGGACCUGGGCUUUACAGCAGCUCCCUGGCCCCCCAAGCUUCCCAGGGCUCCAGCUCUCUCUCCCACAGCACUGUGGUGGCGCCCGCCCCGGCCCAGUACACCACAAACACCUACGCCGACUACAGCCAGUACAGCCAGGUGUACUCACAGGAAGCCAUGCAACAAUGGUAUCAUCAGUACCAAGCCGCACAAGUCCAGAACUACAACACCGCUAUCAACCCAGACAGCCUGGCUCCAGACUACAGCAAGGAGCAGUCUCCUGCUGUGUCAUCCUAUGGAGAAUAUGGCUCCUACAUGCAGGCAGUCACCCAGUACUACACACAGCCUUCCGCAGCCAGCCAGGCCUACACCAGCAAGGAAGUCUCCCUCCACGCCGUGGGCCAUGCCCCCCCGCCAGCCGUUCUGCCCGCCAGUGCGGUGCUGCCAACGUACGGCGCCCUGCCCCUGAUGCCUGGCUUCCUGGGGGCCGCCCACCCCGCUGGGCCCCCGCCGGGCCACGUGGCGCAGGCCGCCGCCACCGACUGGAGCGCCUACUACUAUAAUCAGGCAAGGGGCCAAAAGAGGGAGUACCCCCAGUUAGCAGUGCAGGAAGUGACCUCAUCAGAAGGGGCCUACAUCGGACAGCACUCCCAGGGCCUCGGAGGCCAGUACGCCGACUACUUCAAGAGGAAGAGGCUUUAGUGGGCGGCGGCAACAGCAGCACCUUCGGGCCCGGGCAAAAGGAAAGAAGCACAUUGUCCCUGCUGUACUGCUCCCUUUACACAAUGUCAUAGACCACCCCCCACCCCUCCUUACACACACCCUUUCCACAGCGGAUCUUGUGUGAUACACAAAAUGGCGAAACAACGUGGCUUAGGUAAAAACAAGACUUAUUGUUUUAUAAGAUUGUGUGUACACACGCACACACGCGCCCUGACAAACACACACUCACACCCACAUACAUAGACACACACACACACACACAGAGUUGCUUUCGUCCUCUUGAAGCCUUAACUCUUUAACUUAAUUGACCUUCUUCUCAGUCGAUGUGUGAAUGUUUUUUUUUACCUACUACAAACAAAUUUUUAACGUGCCGUGAUCUUAAAGCGUAUACUCUGCUUUUGUAUUUGAACUGCCUAACUGUCUGCCUUCCGACAUGAUCUAAAGACUAUUUCCAGUUAGGGUUCUCUCUGUGUUUAGCUGGCCUAGCAGUCGCACCUUCGCUAGGAAGGCAUAGGACAUUCUAUCUGUUGAACUGUUGCCUCACACACACAAAUGUCCGCUUUCUCUGUAGUUUCUUCAUUAUUUCCCGGACUGCACAACUUUUACUCCAAAGUGUGUGCGUGCGUGCGUGCGUGCAUGCGUGCGCGCGUGCGUGUGUGUGUCAUCCAGUUAUAGCUGACUGUUUAGGGUGUAAAACAAACUUUCAUAAUCACAAAUAUACUCUCACACAAACAACCGUAGAACAGAAACCAGUGAAUACACUGCCAUCAUCCCUCAAGUCAUUCUUGUGUUGUGUGUGUGUGUGUGUGUGUGUGUGUGUGUGUGUGUGUGUGUGUGGGUUGGUGUAUGAGUGAGAGAGAAAGCGAAAGAGAGAGAAACUCAUAUGUUUGAAUGUGUACAUAUCUUUGGGUACAUGGUACGAUUUAUACAUGCGAGAGUAUGUAAGAGGUUUUGUGUGUGUGUGUGAGACUUUAAGAGUGUGUUUCCGCUAUAGUUUGAUGAACUGCCCUCAUUUCCGUCUGUGUAUCCGUAUGUAUAUUUAUGAAUAUAUAUUGUAUUUACAUUUUAGGAAACGAUUAGCCAUUUUUAUCCCAAUGUUGACAGGGGUACAUCAGGAACGACAAAUACAGCCAAUGAAAACUCUCGACUCGGGACAUAAAGACAAAAGCCAAUGACAUCAUCACUUUGACCGCCAUUCAAUAAAUAGAUUGUGUACAUAGCGCACUUUAAUAUAGGACACACACUUCCAGUUCAGAUAUAGGAUACUAAUGUUAUUAAUGGUGUUAGUUACCCAUUAGUUCUGGAAUGGUUAUGAGUAAUGAAUGAAAGCAAGACACAACACUCUGUUGCAACCACCACAAGAAUGGCUUUUUUUCUUUCAUUCAUUUUUCAAAAAUACUUUUAAACCUGCAAUAUUUAGUCUGUCCCAAACCCUCAAGAUCCUAAUUCAGGUUGCAAGUUCAUUUAAAACAUACUUUAAUGAUUGACUUCAUUAUGUUGGAUGUCUCUGUCUGUCUCUCACACUCACUCUCUGACCUACUCUUAAUGAUUUCCCCUAGUUUUGAUGUGAUUGUGUUCAAUUUUGCGUUGUCGAUAUCUCUCACACUGGGACAGACUGCCAAUCCCAUAAAGGCAAUAACGAGACAUAUCAUCAGCCGUUUACUGUCACUCUCUACCUUUUAUGGCUUGGUAAAUUACACUUGUAUACACUUAUCAAUGUGUAUUCAUUCAUCGAAGCAACAGGAUAUUACACCUAUAGUUGCCAUGGAAACAAUGCCAGCUUGGCGGGCGUGGUCCACACAUGCCAGGCAUUAGCCUAUCAUCACAGUAUGCCCCAGGCUUUGCUCAUCACCAGCAGGAGGCAACAUUGAUGAGUGCAAUAAUCCCACUCCCCCACACACUAUGGUUUCACAAUAACUGACUAGACCAAAGGAAAGGCCUUUCCUUUAGAUAUGUUAUGUUUAUUUACAACUUUCCAUCAAUACUCUCUCAAUGUCCCUUUGGCUCUCUGAAUCAUCAUGUACACAAACCGGACCCACUCCGUCUUCUCGUCAAUAUGAGUGAGCUUUGUUUAAUCAGGGUCCCCCUGUGUUUAAUGAGGGCCCCGACAUAGGCGCCACGUACAUUCCCUCCCACAGCGUCAUCGUGCACUAAUUUCGCAUUUCUGUUCAGGAGAAUAAGGCAGGGACCUUUUUUGAUUACACAGAUCAUUUUGGAAUGAGAACCAAUCAUUUGGAAAGUUUCCUUUGGCUUGUUGGCGUGGUUCCUGCCACUUUGAUGUCCAUGUAGUCGGAUCACUAGAAGAAGGAGCCAGUUUUUUUUAUCUUCCAACAACCUACCACUUUUACCACUCUGGAGUUUUAAAUCACGUGAUGGACAGGACUCCACCAGCAAGCUGGAUAUCACGACUCGCCACUGUUUUUGCAAGUUGUGUGGGUGCGGGCGGAUGUUUGCGUAUGGUGCUUUAGGCCGAUCGUAUCUCUGGGGUAGUUUGUUGAUCGCCGUGGCAUCUCCGACGGUGCUGGCUCUGUGUUGGUGGACAGCUGAGGCAGCAGUCUUGCAGCUUCCUGUCGCUUUGCCGUCACCAUGCAUUCAGGCACUCUAAGCCUGGUCUGUUGGUUCUGUGCUCCAGCCCCUCUCCAUUCCAGUGUGUGUGUGUGUGUGUGUGUGUGUGUGUGUGUGUGUGUGUGUGUGUGUGUGUGUGUGUGUGUGUGUCUGUGUCUGUGUGUGUGUGUCUCUGUCUGAUAUUGAAGUUGGAAGGGGAAUAAAAUAAAUCUGAAUAUCUCAGAGCCUGCACCAGUUCACUCUCACGCCAUCUCUUUUUCUCUCAACCAACAAGUCUUCUCCAUCUCACUGAAUUUCAUCUCUCUCUCUCUCUCUCUCUCUCUCUCUCUCUCUCUGAGUAAAGCAUAUAGUACUGCUCUGCAGCCACACCUCCAACACAGUACUUUACACCAGUAGCUUUUAGACAAACAGACAGAAGCAGUGACUCCCAGGCUGUAUCUGGUAUGCAUUUCCAAGUAAUAAGCCUGCAGCAGCCUUUCAAUAAAUCAACAGACAUCUUGUUUGGCCACAUCAUUAAUUUAUUGCAUUAUACUUUGAUAGUAAUAAUAACAAGUGAAUAAUAAUACUAUAGGGCUAACUUUCACAUGUUUGAAGGUGUACCAUUCCCACUGGCCAGGGGACGCACAUCCUGGGUCUCUGGUUUAGACAGGUUGUCUGUUGUAAUGAUCACUGCCUGCAGUCCAAAUAAAUAAAGAAACCCAGACUUAGUCUCACCAGUGCCACAUCCUCUACGGGCCAAUAUGAACACUUCCUGUCACUAGUAGUCAAUGACACCUGACAGCCGUCUUGUAUUCAGCUGCAAGUCUGAGCAGCGCCACGGGCAUACAGAUGAGAACCAGCUUUGAAGCAGUUUUAAUGUUGCCAGUUUAAAAGGGCUAAUGAAAAUGUAUUCUACCUUCCCUACAAGUUAAAAAUGUGCCAUUGUGUUGCAACAUCUUUUAUUUAUUUGAGGGCGAAUGGUGCACGACGAAAUUGUAUGGAAGGCCUCACAAAAGAAAAAAAAUAGUUCUGACUUUAUUCUCAGAAAUCUGAGAUUAAAGUCAGAAUUCUGGGAAAAAAGUCAGAACUAUGGAAUUCUGACUUUAUUCUCAGAAUUCUGAACUCUCUUUUCUUAUUUAUGUAUAUUUCCGUUAUGAGGUUCAUGAAUUUAAAGUGAAAGGGAGCCAUCUACUGGUUACUAUGUGGUAGGGGACUUUCAUUUAAAGUUAAGAGAAAUUGUGACAUAUUUUUUAAGGUAAAGUUUACUUUGGAAAAUAUUUAUAUCCAAAUGAGCUAUACUUAUUAGUUGUAAUAAAGUGACACCAAGUUACGAUUAUGGGAAAUUGAGAAAGAUGUCUUUAAAAGAGGGGUGGUGCGCACAUCCAAAGGUAAUCCACAGGUGCUAGACAAUAGUGUUGAAUAUAAGAAAAAGGAAGGUCUGCACAAUGUUUAAAUGCUUCAGAAGUGGAUUUAUUAACAGGCAACGUUUAGAUCGCUAGGAAUCUUCAUCUGGCCUGAUGAAGAUCCCUAGCGAUCGAAACAUUGCCUGUUAAUAAAUCCACUUCUGGAGCAUUUGAACAGUUUGCAGACCUUCCUUUUUCUUAUAGUUAGAAAGAUGGUCAUACAUUUAUAAUAAUGGGCAUUUCUUGUAGGCUACUCUGCCCUCCUGGUCUACAUACAACCAAAGGGAAUCUAAAACUAUUUGUGAUUUUUUGGGGGGGCAUUGAGCUUCAAGACAAAUGUAUUUAACAGUGUUCCCUUCAUCUUCUGACUGGUUCAUGCUUCGUUUGGCCCUAACCUCAUCCAAAACACAACAACCCUCCAUUCUUCUCAAGCUGAUGUCAGUUCCCUAGGAUCGUGUAAGGUCAAUCAAAAAUUUCUCUGGUUAUUAUAGGAAAGUUUUAGCCAUAGAGUUGUGUUUCUAUGGGUUGGAGCAAGGCCUGCUUUGCUAUGGACUCCAAAUGUAAUGUAUGUAACAAUUGAACAAGAAUAGGGGAAAACGCCAUGUCUAUUUACACUGAAGCGUUGAGAUAUGCCAACCUGUCAAAAGCAUGGGGCGAGUGUGGUCUAUAAAAACUGUUGGUGAGUCACAUUGGAGGAGCUACAAUAAUUGGACGUCUUAUUAUUAUUACAUGGGCAUAUAUUAAUAUAUAGGCAGGCCCAGAGUGAUAGAGAUCUCUCUAUGGCUCUGGGCAGGCCUACGUUCAUCGCAUUGGCAAUGCAGCUCACUCGUCGCGCUUAAUGAAACUGACUUUGGGAAAGUGGAUGUGGGUCGCCAGGGGUCUCCGAGACGUGCCCUUCGUCCUCCUUCACCCGAGAAAGCAGAGCCGCUGGCCCCUGCGCUGUUUAGAAAACACUUGAGGGUGGCGAGAAGGGACUUCCAGUGGGAAGGGAAUAUUUGUGUGGUCACAAAGCUUUGCAAUAUGAACUUGUUACAAUUUAUAUUUUAACUGAUGUAGGUAGAAUAAUUAUUUGUGCAAUUUGCUUUUUAAUUUAGUCUAGUCAGUCUUUUUUCUGGCUUGAAUUUUACUUUAGAUUUUCAAAUAUUUUAUAUUGAAAUAUUGAUAUUGUUUUACUCUGAAUAAGAUUUCUAGAAGCACUUGAAUUUCAGCAUGCUUACCAUUGUAGUAUACAUAAAACUACCAUGGAUGGUUCUUUGCUUUUUAGCUUCUGGGCAGACACAUUUGAAGGCAAGGAAUGCAGAUUUUAUUUAUUUAUUUUCAUUGUACAUUUGUGUAUGUACAGCAAUUCUUUAGUCCAAUUAUUUCAAAAAUAUAUAAGGUCUUUUUUGCAGAAGAAUCUAUGUUCCUGAAUAAAAAAACAUUGUCUUACAAUAAACGGUUCACCUUACACUUUUCAUUGUCAACAAUGGCUAUAUGAUCACAUUGAGCACACGUUUAACAAUAGUGAUGAUGCAAGGCACGCUUGAUAAAGGCCUGACAUUCUUUCUCAAAUGGCUUGUUUGAAUUAUCACCAGGUUCAGACCAAUCCCUCUGCUGAAAUCAUUUAUUAUGCACAAUAAUAUAGUAUAAACAUGUCUCUUUCUGCUUAGAUUUUGAAAAUGGAUAAAAAAAACGAAAAGGGAUGAACAGGAAUAAAACAUUUUAUAGUAUGUAAUUGUAAGGUCCUUUAAAAUAAAUCACAUUA